AUUUCUUAACGCAUGGCGGCGUUAAUAAAUCGGCGUUUUAAUAUUAAUACGGCGAUCCAAAGCACGCGAAUUGUGAUCCUUUUGGCUUUCGAUAGUUUGUACACCGUUUUUUGACCCACUGCAAAGUGCGCAUGCGCGGCUGACAGUACAUCGUCUGCAGUCAGUAACUUUAGAUAAGACUUUUGAUGUCAUUCCGAAAAUUACAUACACACCAUGUCUUUUGUAUGAGUCAAUAUAAGACACUUUUAAUAUUGUAUUAAGAAACAGUACUUUAUCUGAAUUUUUGGUUUUACUCGAUUUUGUUGAGAUUUGGGGCAGACUUUAUUGCGUCUGUCAUGUGAAUCAGGACAGUCUCCACUUUCAUUUUAAUUUACAAUUCUGGGUAAAAUACACUUUUAUUAGACCUUGAAAUCUCAAAUUACAUUGUAACAGGUGUGAUUAAGGGCGUUACCCUGUUUGAGGUAAAACCAAAGUAAGUUUCAUUUCUUCAGAAACGAAAGUAGCGUGGAAGUGACGUCGAGCGCGCUCCUGUGCAGAUAAAGUUAAAGGUUCCAGAUCAUCAUCAUGAGCAUCACAUCCAGGUUGUCAGUAUGGCAGAAGAAGAAGCUGUGCUCAUUGGUCAAUGAUGCCAACCUCAGUCUGCUGUUUAAAGCCAGUGUGCACGGCUACACUGCCACUGCUUUUCACCAGAAGUGUAACACACAGGGCCCUACUGUUGUUGUAGCUUACAAUAACACUGGUUAUGUAUUUGGAGCUUACACUAGCAAAAAUUAUGCUCAGACAAAUCAGAUUAUUGUCGAUGAGAAAGCCUUUCUCUUCAGCUUUAAUGACAAAAACAUUAGAGAAGAUCCUCUGCGUGUGCUCAAUGGAAAUCCUCAGAAUGCUGUUAUUGAUUCAGGUCCAAACUUUGGCUCUUUAGUGUUUCUUUAUAAUAACACGGCCACUGUGAACAGUAAUCCAACAUCAGGACAGUACCAGUUUGAUCCACAGCAGAUGCACGGCAAUGACCUACAGCUGGUCGAGUGUGAAGUUUACAGAGUUGAGGACUGUGGAGGCCUCAUGGACAAACCAUGGAGAAAUAUCCAGUGGAACGUUGAGAAAAGGAAAGGGCUCCUGAGCACUGUUUCUGAGUGGAAGCCGUCUCUGAGCUCAGUGAAACAGGCCCGGAUUCUGCUGGUGGGUCCUGUUGGUGCUGGAAAAUCAAGCUUCUUCAACUCCAUCAACUCUGUGUUUAAAGGUUACGUGAGCAAUCAGGCCAACACCGGCACCGCUGGCUCCAGUCUCACUACUCAGUUUCGUACCUACAACAUAAAGCCAAGCAGCGGCAUGAGCCAUAUUCCAUUCACACUGUGUGACACGAUGGGUCUGGAGGAGGGUUUGAACUCCGGGCUGGAUUUGGAUGAUUUUUACAAUAUUUUGAAUGGUCACAUUCAAGACCGGUAUCAGUUUAACUCCUCGAUGCCGAUCCAGUCAGGCACACCUUAUUUCAACAACUCUCCAGGCUUGAAGGAUAAGAUCCACUGUGUGGUGUAUGUGAUGGACACCUGCAAAGUCAAGCUUCUCUCUGACAAAAUGAUUGACAAGUUUGCCGUUUUUCGAAGGAAAACCAACCAGAUGAGUGUUCCUCAACUGGUCCUGAUGACCAAGGUGGAUGAAGCCUGCCCCUUAGUGGCAGAAGACCUGAAGAACGUCUAUCAGAGUCAUUACAUCAACAGGAUGAUGGAGGAGGUGAGCACUCAGCUUGGAGUUUCUCUUUCUGCUGUGGUCCCAAUAAAGAACUACAGCAAAGAACUGGACAUAGACCCACAAACUGACAUCCUUCUUCUGAACGCUGUCAUACAGAUGCUCAGAGCAGUGGAGGGAUACUUUGAUGAUCUUAACUAUGUGGAGGAGUCUGCUCGAGUAAUCGGUUAGAUCACAAGGGUCUCCGUUUUAUCCAUACAGUGUUUAAAAGUGUACUAAAACUUCACUCAUGCUUAUAUUUAGGCAGAUCGUAGUACAAGGCAGAUACAUUUAAAUUCAUGUUUAACAGCUUUUGCUCUGUUAGUGUAUUAUUAGGUCUGCAGGCAUUUCUCUUUUGCUCUGAUUUUGUUUAAAUUUUCAAAACUUUAUUUUUUCCAAAUCAGUUCUUGUAAUGAGUAAAAUUGUCGUUUUUUAAAAAACAAUGUUAGUUUCAGUGCAUUAUCAAAACAGAUGACCUAACUUCAUAAAGUUAUUUGUUAUGGAAAAUAAAAGAAAUGCAUUCACAAUC